AUGAAGUUCAUUCUUACCUCUGCGUUGCUCGCCUCCACCGUCCUGGGCACUGUUGUCCCACGGGCUGGAAAGAAAAUCGAUUACAGUGGCUUCAAACUUCUUCGUCUUGCUGCCCCGGAUGUCACUGCAGAUGUGCAUUCGCAGAUCGAGGAGUUGGCCGCUCAUGUCCUCAAUCCUGGCAAAGCGCAACUGGAUAUCGUUGUGUCACCAGAAAAUGUCGACGCGAUUAGUGCCCUGGCCCCCGGAAGCAAGAUCAUCAACGAAGAUGUUGGCGCUGCCUUGAAAGAGGAGGGCCAGAUGUCCGUAUACGCUGUACCGAGCGAGACAUGGUUCACCGCCUAUCAGACUUACGCCAACCAUCUUCAGUUCCUGCGAGACCUUCAAGGCUCAUUUACGGGCCAGUCUGAGAUCAUCACUGCUGGUACUUCGGUCCAGAGUCGAGUCAUCACUGGAAUUCAUAUCUGGGGCAGCGGCGGAAAGGGAUCGAAGCCUGCGGUUCUGAUUCACGGGACUGUCCACGCGCGAGAGUGGAUCACAACCAUGACUACUGAGUACUUUGCAUGGCAACUUCUUACGAAGUACGGUUCGGACGCCACCAUCAAGUCGCUCGUCGACAAGUUCGACUUCUACAUCAUGCCAAUCGUCAACCCCGAUGGCUUUGUCUACACUCAGACCACCGACCGCCUCUGGCGCAAGAACCGACAGACUGUGAGCGGCAACACCUGCGUCGGCCGCGACGAGAACCGAAAUUGGCCCUACAAGUGGGAAGUCGCUGGUGGCGCGUCCACGAACCCCUGCUCUGAGACCUACAAGGGUCAAGCUCCUGGCGACAGCCCAGAGAUCCGCGGUCUUUCAGCCCAGGUCAACUCAUUGAGAGAUUCGCGAGGUAUCCGUCUGUAUCUCGACAUGCACUCCUACGGACAGUACAUUCUGUGGCCAUAUGGUUACGACUGCAGCCUCCGCGCCGAGAAUGACGCACAGCACCGCACCAUUGCUGUCAAUGCCGCGAAUGCCAUCCGUGCGGUAUCCGGUACCGCGUACACCUACGGACCUUCAUGCUCGACGUUGUAUGCUACGACUGGAAGCUCGACUGAUUACACCGACGUAACUGGCAACGCUACUUACUCAUACACAUACGAGCUGCGCGACAAGGGUACCUAUGGGUUCACACUGCCAGCGAACCAGAUCCAGCCUACUGUACGCGAGACCUGGGCGGGUUUCACCAGCAUGUUGAAGGAUGCCUAGACUGGUGUAGUGCCCUAGAUAUACUCCUAUUCCCUUGAUACCUCGAAAUGAAUGAAUGAAUUUGCUCGCUGUAUGAUGGGUACACACCGUAGUUCAAUUGUGCUCGUUAUGAGCCGUGGAUCAACGUGUGACAGAGUAGG